GCAGUGCAGUGGCAGCAGGACUCGGGAGGGUCAGAGGGUCCCGGGCAGUGUGGCCAUGAAGGGGUGUGGGCCUGGCCAAGCCCCCAUCCCUGUGGAGCUACCAGUGCCGGACAGCCGAGUGUGGCCAGCAGGAGGAAGGAAGUGGCUGGUGCUGAGCCGUUGCUCCCAGUGCCGUGGUUGCGGAGGGCUGGACGGGGCACGGAGCCAGCGCUGGCACAGCUGGGCCUGGGGCACCAAGGGACAGGGAUGGAGAUGUGGACAAGCCAGACCCAGCCACGACGGCAGAAGCCUCAUCCCGGUGGUGCCGGUUGGGAGCUCACGGCUGUCACAGGCACACGGCUCCGCGUGGCUCCUCGUGCCAUGGCGUGUCUGGAGCUGCACUCACUCCAUGAUCCCAUGUCCAGGCCCAUGUCCUGCUGGCUGCGGGCUCUGGCCGUGGUGCUCAGCCAGGGAGGUCACCGUGCCACCACAUGACCCACUCCAGUGACCAGAACCAUCUUGCCAGUGACCCCUGAGCCCAGACUCUUGGGUGGGUGGUGUGGGGCUCCCAGGGGCUCCAUCUCCACCGCGCUGCCCUGGCUCGUGGCGGUGCAGGAUGGUGGGGUGGGACCCCUGUGCUCAGAGCGCGCUGAGGAAGCGGAGGUUUCACAAGCUGGGGGUACACGUGACACGGCGAGUGCAGCAGGAGGAACCACCAGUGGCCCUGCAGCGCCCCGGUCCCCGCGGCACGGCUCCGGUGCCCCGGUGGCCAUGGCGCCCUGGCUGCCCAUCAAGGACAACCGUGUGGAACUUCCCGCGCACCCAGGAGCAUCACCUCCCGCUGCAGAUUGGGGAGAUGGUGCGCAUCCUGCAGGCCUCCGAGGGCUGGUACUGCGGGUACUCGCUCCGGAACAGGGCUGCCCAGGGCAUCUUCCCGGCCUCGCUGAUCCGGCUCAAGGGCGCCGUGGUGGAGCAGCAGGGGGGUCCCUGUGCCUCCCCCAGGACAGAGGAGAGCGUGGUGCCCGCCGAGAUGCCCAUGGUGCAGGAGAUCACCACCACGCUGCGGGAGUGGGCCACCAUCUGGAAGCAGCUCUAUGUGGCCGGGCAGACGGAGCGGUACGGGCAGGUGAAGAGGAUGAUGCAGGAGCUGAUGGAGCAGCGGUCGCAGCUGCUCUCAGGGACACUGCCCAAGGACCAGCUCCUGCGGCUCAGGAAGGAGGUGACCGGCAAGAUGGACUACGGCAACAAGAUCCUCGCGCUGGACCUGGUGGUGCGGGACGAGGACGAGAACAUCCUGGACCCCGACAGGACGAGCGUCAUCAGCCUCUUCCAGGCGCACAGGAGGGCGGCGCAGACCCUCACGCAGCGCAUCCAGGAGGAGACGAGCCCGCAGCAGAGAGCACCAGGCCACGGCACCCACGGGGCCGCUUCGCCCUCCCACAACCUCUACCUCUGCGUCCGCAACUUCGUCUGCCACAUCGGGGAGGAGGCGCAGCUCUUCAUGGCCCUGUACGACCCCGGCGAGCAGCGCAUCAUCAGCGAGAACUACGUGAUCCGCUGGGCCAGCACCGGGGUCCCGCAGGACAUCGAGCUGCUCAACAACCUCAAGGUCGUGUUCACGGACCUGGGCAGCACGGACCUGAAGCGGGAGCGGCUGUUCCUGGUGUGCCAGAUCAUCCGCGUGGGACGCAUGGACCUGCGGGACAGCCACAGCCGCAAGCUCAGCACGGGCCUGCGCCGGCCCUUCGGCAUCUCAGUGAUGGACAUCACCGACAUCACCAAGAGGACGUGUGACAGCGACGAGGACAAGCAGCACUUCAUCCCCGUCCACCUGGUGGCUGCUGAUGGCGAUUUCCUUCACAAUAUGAUCCGGAAGGCGGUGGAGGGGAAGGACAUCAACCACAAGGGACAAGGGCUCUGGGUGUCCCUGAAGAUUCUGUGGGGAGACCUGAGCCAGGUGAGGAAGGAUUACCCUCACCUGGUGGACCGCAGCACGGCGGUGGCUCGCAAGCUGGGCUACCCGGAGGUCAUCAUGCCAGGUGAUGUCCGGAACGACAUCUACCUGACGCUGGUGCAGGGUGAGUUCGACAAGGGCAACAAGAAGACGCAGAAGAACGUGGAGGUGACUGUGUGUGUCUGUGACGAGGCAGGAAAUGUGGUGCAGAACGUGAUCCACGCAGGAGCAGGGGACAGCCCUACCAGCCAUUACUGCUCUGUUGUCUACUACCAGCAGCGGCACCAGCGCUGGAUGGAGACCCUGAAGAUUGCUGUUCCCAUCGAGGACGUCCACAGGACCCACCUGAGGUUCACCUUCCGCCAUCGCUCCUCCAGCGACUCCAAGGACCGGAGCGAGCGGAUUUUCUCCAUGGCCUUUGUGAGGCUGAUGUGCCCCGAUGGCACCACGCUGAGGGAUGGGGAGCACGACCUGGUGCUGUACAAGGGUGACAGCAAGAAGCUGGAGGAUGCCAGCGCCUACCUGUCCCUGCCCUCGGAGCGGAACCUGUCGGAGUCGAAGCUCCUCUCCGGCUCCUCCUUCCGUGUGAGCGGGGCCACGUCCGGUUUAGCCGUGUCCACCCGGGACAGCUUCCAAAUCUCCACGCUCGUCUGCUCCACCAAGCUGACCCAGAAUGUGAACCUGCUGGGGCUGCUGAAGUGGCGCUCCAAGCCCAGCCUGCUCUCCGGGAACCUCCAGAAGCUGAUGCACGUGGAUGGAGGGGAGGUCAUCAAGUUCCUCCAGGACACGCUGGAUGCCCUGUUCUCCAUCAUGAUGGAACACUCGGAGACAGAUGUCUAUGACACCCUUGUGUUUGAUGCCCUGGUUUUCAUCGUGGGGCUGGUGGCCGACAGAAAGUUCCAGCAUUUCAACACAGUCCUGGAGGCCUACAUCCGCCAGCACUUCAGCGCCACGCUCGCCUACAAGAAGCUGCUGUCGGUGCUGACGCAGUACGUGGAGCAGGCGGGCCGGGGGGAGCCCUGCGAGCCCCUCCCGCGCACUUUCAAGGCCCUGGAGUACAUCUUCAAGUUCAUCGUCCGCUCCCGGCGCCUCUUCGCCCGGCUCUACGAGGGGAAGGAGGUGGCCGAGUUCCAGUGCACCUUGCAGCGGUUCUUCCUCGCCCUGAACCAGCUGAUGGAGUCCCCGCUGGAGGGUCCCACGCUGCUCUCCCAGGGAGCAGCCCUGAAGUACCUGCCCUCCAUCCUCGAGGAUGUGUUUGGGAUCUUUGACUCCUCCGCGCUGGGGGCCGUACUGCGGGACUUUGUGGGGAACCUGCUGCCCCAGCGCCUGCUGAAGCAGAAGCUGCAGUCCCUGACUCACAUUGCCAGCAGCAAAGCCUUCCAGUCCCAUGAGUGCCGGGAGCUGGUGCUGCAGGCAGCCCUGCCCAUCCUGCAGGAGCUGAUCCAGGCAGGUGAGGAGGAGGACGCCUGCAUCGAGCUGCUCAGCAGCAUCCUGGAGGUGCUGUACCAGGCCCAGAAGAGCGCAGAGAAGCUGCGAGCGCGGCACAAGGACCGUGGGAACGUGGAGCUGGCACAGGUGAAGAAGCACAUCCAGGUGAUCCUGGAGCAGCUGCUCCACACGGUCAAUCGCAGGGUGAUCGUCCUGGACCGGGAGAGCCCGCUGAGGAGCCACUAUGUGGCCUGCAUGGCUGCCAUCCUGAGCCAGAUGGACAAGGACCACUACAGCACCUACAUCCAGGCGUUCCCCUCCCGGCCUGAGCUGAUGGACUUCCUCAUGGAGACUUUUAUCCUUUUCAAGGACCUGAUUGGGAAGACGGUGUAUCCCGGUGACUGGAUGGUGAUGAACAUGGUGCAGAACCGGGAGUUCCUGCGUGCCAUCAACCACUUUGCCACAACUUUGACCGAGAUGUUCCUGAGCAACAGCAACUUCGAGCUGCAGCUUUGGAACAACUAUUUCCACCUGGCCGUGGCUUUCCUCACGCAGGAGUCCCUGCAGCUGGAGAACUUCUCCCCCGCCAAGCGCAAUAGCAUCCUGGGCAAGUAUGGGGACAUGAGAGCCACGAUUGGAGCGUCCAUCCGGGACAUGUGGUACAGCCUCGGCCAGCGCAAGAUCGAGUUCAUCCCGGGCAUGGUGGGCCCCAUCCUGGAGAUGACGCUGGUGCCAGAGCCGGAGCUGCGCAGGUCCACCAUCCCCAUCUUCUUUGACAUGAUGCUCUGUGAGCACCGGCUCACCGGGAGCUUCAGCCGGUUUGAGGAUGAGAUCCUGCGCAGGCUGGACAGCGAGGUGGAGGGCGGCCGGGGGGAUGAGCAGUACAUGCAGCUUUUCAAGAGCAUCCUGCUGAGCUGCUGCCAGAGCCACCCUGAGCUGGCCAAGCCUGGAGAGGACUUUGUGAAGCUGGUGAGCGAACUCCUGGAGCGGCUCUUGGACUACCGGGCUGUCAUGAAUGACGAGAACAAGACCUACAGCAUGAGCUGCACCGUCAACCUCCUGAACUUCUACAAGGAGAUCGACCGCCAGGCCAUGUACAUCAGGUACCUGUACAAGCUGAAGGAUCUGCACAUCAGCUACGAGAACUACACGGAGGGAGCCUACACGCUGCUGCUGCACGCCCGGCUGCUCACGUGGUCAGAGGAGUCGAAUGCGGCCCCCGUGCCGGGCCCGCACAGCCCCCACCUGCACACCCAGCGCCAGCUGAAGGAGGCUCUGUACAACCAGAUCAUUGAAUACUUCGACCAGGGCAAGAUGUGGGAGGAGGCCAUCCACAUCUGCAAGGAGCUGGCGGAGCAGUACGAGAGCCACGUGUUCGACUAUGAAAUGCUGAGUGACAUCCUGCAACGAGAAGCCAAGUUCUAUGAGAAGAUCCUGAAGGUGCUGCGGCCCAGCCCGGACUACUUUGCCGUGGGGUACUAUGGGCAGGGCUUCCCCACCUUCCUCCGGAACAAAGUCUUCAUCUACCGGGGCAAGGAGUAUGAGCGGCGUGAGGACUUUGAGAUGCAGCUGCUGAGCCCCUUCCCCAAUGCUGAGAAGCUGAAGAGCACAUCUCCCCCUGGCCAGGACAUCACUGACUCCCCAGGGCAGUACAUCCAGUGCUUCACCGUGCAGCCGGCAGAGGAAGCCAAGAUCCGGCUCAAAGGCCAGAGCAUCCCUGAGCAGAUCACCAACUUCUACAAAGCCAACCACAUCCAGAGGUUCAGCUACUCACGGCCCUUCAAGAGGGGCCCGAGCGAUCCGGACAACGAAUUUGCAAACAUGUGGAUUGAGCGGACAACCUUCAGGACAGCCUAUCCCCUGCCCGGCAUCCUGCGCUGGUUCGUUGUGACCUCCACUGAGACGAUCGUCAUCUCCCCCCUGCAAAACGCCAUUGAGACCAUGAUGAAAACCAAUGAGAAAAUCAUGAGCGAGAUCAACCGGCACCAGAACGACCCCAGCCUGCCCAUUAACCCUCUCUCCAUGCUGCUCAAUGGCAUCGUGGACCCUGCUGUCAUGGGUGGCUUCGUCAAGUAUGAGAAGGCUUUUUUCCAGGAGUCCUACAUCCAGGAGCACCCUGAGGAUGGAGUGAACAUCGAGAAGCUGAAGGACCUGAUCGCCUGGCAGAUCCCGCUGCUGGCAGAGGGCAUCCGGAUCCAUGGGCAGAAGGUGACAGAGGACCUGCGGCCCUUCCACGAGCGCAUGGAGCAAUGCUUCGAGCAGCUGCGGGCCAAGGUGGAGAGUCAGUAUGGGAUGCGGGAGAUGAUGUUCUUUGAGGACCGGCGGAGCGGACGACCCCGGUCCAUAGCCUGGGUACCUGACUGGGACUGGCUGAGCCACACUGGAGCCAGCACAGAGGCACCCCCGACCCCAAAGCCUGCCCCCCGCCCCUCUGAGAGCGAGGACCACAGGAACGAGCGCAGGGAGAACCGCUCAAGCUCCAUCUUCGGGCCCCGGCGGCAGGACCCACGCCAGUCCAUCUCGGAGCUGCCAGAGCCCAAGGACGAGAAGUGGAGACUCUCCUGCAACAUCAGUGAGAGCAGCCUGAGCUCUGAUGGGAAACAGCCCCCACCGAGCCGAGCUGCUGCUGGUGCUCAGCCCCGCACUGCAGGGUCGUCCCUGUCUCCCACUGGCUUUGGUGGCCGUGUGAAAAGCGCCAGCAAGCUCCCGCCACUGCCCCGCAAGUUCAGCCCCGCGGUGUACGAGACGUUCCUGGAGCAGAGCGAUGCUGCAGCAGGAGGGAAGGUAUCCACAUCUCCAACAGUGGAUGGGAACAAAAGCCCCAAGUCACCGCCGCUGCCACCACCCAAGUCCAAGCGACUGUCACAGCUCUGACCCGAUGCCACCUGCAGCUGCAGUGUCCACAGGGGCCACCCCUGCCCAGAGUGCCCAGCCAGCUGCUGGACCCACGGCCCUGCUUAAUUCUCACCUGCUGGAGCACCUCUUGCAGCACUGCCACCUGGAGCAUCCUGCGUGGCCACGGGACUCCCACUGUGCACUGGGCACUGCCACCUUGUGUCCUGCCAACUCUGGCUAUUGCCACCCUCCCGAUGUCCCCUGGAGCUGGGACCCACCUGGCCCUGCAUCCUUCCUAUGCCACUGGAGCUGUGCUGAGCUCCCACACAUGCAGCCCCUCCCAGCCACGAGGACCGAGCUGCCCAUGGACUGCACCAUGACAGGGAGAGAACCAGCGAUCUCCCUGGUGGCAUUUCUGGGCGAUUCCUGCUCCCCACUCACGGGACAGCUCCUGCUCCUUGGCUGCCCACCCCAUCCUUCAGCACCAAGACACAUUCCUGGUCCAGACUGCACAGGUGUACACAUGGGCCCUGGCAGCCUCACGCUCUGCAGUGCCACCUCUCCUGCCCACACCUGCCACCUGCACCAGGCAGGUGUCACUGCCCUGACUGGCCAUGCCACGCUCAGCUCCUGCCUCUGCACUGCAGCUACAGCUAAUAAAGGGCAAAUGCCUCAGCCAGGCACCCGCA